UGUGGCCUGCGGACGUCUCUUUAUACUAAUAACUGCGCCGGUCGCGUCGCACGAGACACGUUUUCAAAAACAAUCUCCCGAUAAAAUUAUUAUCCAAAAAUAGGUAAUAAUUAUUAUAUUGUAAUUACCGAAAAUAAAAUAAAUUUAAAACGGCGUUGUUACACAACACGCGAUUUUAUAGCGUCAAUAAUAAUAUUAAUAUUUAAUAUACUGUUAUGUCGCAUCGAAAACGUCUCUCGCGAGAGUCGAGACGUUAACCGCGGUUUUUGUUUUUGCUUCGCCUGAGCUUCAUAAUAUUAUCUUUGCCGUCGAUUUCGAAACAAAUAUGGAAUAAUUUUUACAAUAUUAUUGUGAUAAAUGUAAGUACCUACACACGGUGUAAAUAAUCAUCUUUCGAUUCAGAAACCACCAACGGACGUGUCAAAUCCACCACGCUGCAGGUAUUAACGAAAUACCUAAUCGGCUAUAAUUAUUGUGAAAAUACUAUGGAGAAUAAAGCAAUGAUAUACAACUUCGGUCCAGACGGCAGUGAUGCGUGUUGGGCCGCGUUGACGAGUUCAUGGACUCGUUUUUCGAAACAGCAAGACCUUAACACAAUACAAGUCUCGUGUGAUAGUUCAGCGUGCAGUGAUGUCGAAGCACAGUUCAACGAUACCACAAGAACCCUCAACUCGUGGCCGGUCAAGUCACGUAGGCCAACCAAAAAAAAGAAGCAGAACGUUGUGACCGCGACGACGACGUCACGGUCUCCGCCGCCCCGACCACUGCCGCCGGCUUCGCCAAAGGCCCUCAAACGCCGAUCGGGAGUACAACUGCAGCGAACGGCCAACGAACAGCUAUCCAGUUCGGCGGAGGUUAUGGAGCAGACGAUUUCGGAACCGCCGUUGACUAACGGCCCGUGUAACUGCAGCCAAUCAGUAAAUUCGGAACUGCCUGCCGAGAAAAACGUCACGGGCAACAACAACAACAACGACGACGACGUCGACGUCGACGACCGCGACGAGAACAGUGACAGAAACAAGUGGAAGUGCAACUGGGCAGCGGUCGAUGUCGCCGACCAGGAACGGCAGCAACUGAUGCUGUGCGCGGCCGACUCCGGAUCGUCGACAGACAUUAAAGAACCGGCCACCGUUUACGCCGAGCAGCCGAUCAAACACGCGCUGCGGGACGGAGGCGACCGCGUUUCGUCCGCGUCCCGUCCACCGACUCCGUCCACUGCUGCACAAGAGCCAAUCGAACACGCGCUUCGGGACGAAAGCGACCACGUUUCGUCCGCGUCCCGUCCACCGAAUCCGUCCACUGUCGCCGAGCAGCCAGACGAACGCUCACAACAGAUCGUCGAAGGCGACCGCGAGUCGACCGCCUCCAGUCCACCGACGACGUCGUUCGCCGUCACCGAGAAGCUAGUGGACGCCGAACACCCGGCGACGGUGGAAGUCUGCGCGGGCUACCGCGAAGUCGUUUCGUCGCCCACGUUGUUAACACAGUUUCCACUGCAGAUGACUUUGACCGCUGACGCCGCAAAGCCGAUGGUCAUCACAGUUGUCCCGCCGCCGUCGUCACUGCGAUCGCAGCUCAAUGACAACGAAGAGUGUCCAGUUCAACCGAAUUUGGGUAUAAUAGUAUUCUCAGAAAAACCGUUGUCCAAGUACGAGAUGAAGAUUAAAGAAAUAGACAACAGUAUAAUAUCGUACUCGAAAUCGUUUUUGAGCACGGUGCUGUUUGUCGUGCUCCUCCGCGUCCUAUUUUAAACACAAAACACUCCAAUUCAACUAAUAUUUAAAAAAAAUUGUAUAUUAUAUAACUGGCGUACGAGUAAUGUUCUCUUUCAACCUGUUAAUCCGAGGGAUUUUGAUUUUCAAACACAAUCGUCAUAUUUUAAACGGAUGUUUUUGAAAAUCGAUCUUCCAUGGACCCUUAGUAAACGUUACUCGUCCGUGUCAGAUGAUAAUAAUAAUAAUAAUUAUUAACUUGGACCAACAUUUUUUUUUCAAAUUAUGUUAUACGUCUAUUGAU